AUGUCAAAGCACACCACGGCGUCGACGGAUGCAUCACUCCCAACCACACCAGCACCGUCCUCGUUGUCGGUCCAACAUCGCAAUGACCACGACACGAAACAAGACCCAGCGAGCAAUGAAAAAACACUUCUGUUAUUAAUACCUAAUAACAAUAAUCACGCUGGUUGUUGGUGUUCAACACCAUCGUUCCGCAAUACUCAUUCAUCACCUCUCGAUACUAGCCAGUUCCCCACCUUUCAGCAAGAAGACGGCAUCAUCAUUCGGAACACUGCUGGCAAUUUCAAUAAGCCUAAUUGCUCAACUAAUAGUAGUACCGUUGAAACUAAUAACUUUGAAACAAUAUGCAAAUCCACACACAUUUCCGUUACAGAGAUGAAUGAGCCCAACUCCAAAUCGAAUACCUCUUUCCGAACACAUUCCCUAUCAGCAACACCCAUAAGUUCUACUACAACGACAUUCCAUGAUGAGCUCAAUUUUUGUAAAAACUCUUCUCUUUCUUGCAUCUUAGGAUUACUCAUCAUCAUAUCCUCUUCAAUUUUACUCAUGAUACUUGCCAUCUCUAUAACCAUCCUCCCACUUCUAAAUUUAUAUUCUCCUCAUUCAAAUGCAAAUCAUUCACCUUCCUCCUUUUCUUCUUCGUUGACAGCAUGGAUAUCCAAUAUAUGGCUACACUCAAUUCUGCCCGAUCCAAUCCGAAGUGGCUUAAAUGGAAUGUUCAAUUCUGUGAAUACCACACGAGAAAAUAAUAAGAUUUAUACCGAUAAUAGUACUUUUUAUACGCUGGAUGAGAAAUUUACACAUUGUCGAGUAUUCCCACAAAUGGGACAAGGACGAGCCAUUCUUCAGUGGAAAUUUUUGGAAGAACCAUCCUUUUCAGACUAUAAGCCUCUCAAUAAUAACAGUGAUAAUUACUUAAAAGGACCAAUUAUUCGAAUGAGACUUGUUAUUGGUGAAACUCCAUCAAACAUUUAUAUCUAUCCCAAACUUUUUGGAUUUGCCAAGAAUUUGACAAGUCCAGAAUUGAAAAAGUUUUUGAAAAAAGAACUGGAUGAGUUGGGAAAUCUGUAUCAAUACUUUUUUAAUCAAGAUUUAGAUAACAAGUCGAGUAUUAAGAUGAUUGAUUUUUUGAAUCAACCUCUCACUACUUUACAUGCUACCUACAUGGAUGCACUUCCAACUCUCUAUAUUUCAAGGAAUAAUUUGACUCAACAAGCGUAUUUGAAAGGUGUGACAGGCACGAUCAUUACAGAAAAUAUUAUACCCAAUUACUUAUCGAAUAAUACCAAUGUGACUUAUCCUGAUGCAAUUUGUAAUGAUGGAGAUGAUGUUGCGUUGUUACCACUUUUCAAAAGGACUAGACUUGUUUCUUAUAGAAACACUACAAAAAAGGCACAGAGUUUUUGCAGUUAUUCAUAUUCAUUUAUUCAAACUGGAGGAUGUUACACUACAUUUGAGAAGAGAUGGAAUAGAAUAUUGAGCAAGUCAGCCAAUACAACAGAACGACAGAAUAAUGAUGAUGAGGAUGUCUCCUCUUCAUUGAAAUAUGUGGUCUAUUUUAUUGGUCACAACUCUGCAAACUUUGCAAACACAACCUCUCAGUCAGAGCAAGCCAAGUUUUUAGCAUCAUCCAUUACGAGCCAAAAUCCUGAAGUUUUUUAUUUAGUACAUGAAGUGGACUUUUCUAUUGAUUACUAUGACAAGAAUUGUGAUUAUUAUAUUAGCCUCUAUAGCAUGUCUCCAAUGGAAAUUUAUAAUUAUUGGCGAGUGAUUCGACAUGUGUGCAUUUUCUUGUAUUCCAUGGUGGUUGCUGGAUUUUUGCUCUUAUAUAAGAACAAACAACCAAUUAAGAGCAGAAUACUCAUUUCAGGGCUUAGCGUCGUAGCGUGUUUAAUCUUCAGCAUUCUUGGAUGCAUUGGUGAUUUCAAUUUUUUCAAUUAUGAUGGGAUCGAAUAUUCUUUUUACAUCACAUUGGCAGUCCUGUAUUUGAUAUCCAUGUGUCGAUAUUUAUUUGUGAGAAAUUUAUACAGGGUUGUGAAGAUUGUGGAUGGAUUGGAGGAUGUGAGAUUUAAUGACGAAAAAAAAGUGCGUCAUUUUAAGAAACGCUUGGACCAGUUAUAUGCCUUGUCAAAAUUGGCGUCAGUUCGAUUUUUUGGGGCUGUUAUGGUAAUUCUAAUUAUUCUUUUUAACAUUCCCACUCCAGUGUUUGUGUGGAUUUUAAAUGAUAGAAGUACCGUAUCUGAUGAUAUUAAGAAUAUUUUCUCCACAGCCAUUGUCUAUUUGAAAAUGGUUUCUCUCGUUGUUGGAUUUAUUUUACCAGGUUUUUGUACUAUAUUUAUUGAUUUGGCAAUCAAUAGAAAGUGGAUUUUUAACCCCAUAUUAGAGUUUUUCAAGAGAAGUCUAAAAAUUGAACGGACUUCAGAUAAAAAUUCUGCACAAUCACAAUAUAUGAAGCAAGUUCAAGCAAGUACUAAAACCUUUAUCAGUCCAACAAGUGGAAUUACUAGGUAUUUCAGUAGCUAUGACGAUCCUUUAGCCUACAGAUUGGAAUUUAUGACAAGUACUAUUAUUGCAUUGAUUCUUGGGUUUUCAACAUUUGGUGUUGGUUUGAUUCAAAUUCCAAAUUGGAGAGUUGUACCUAAAAUUACAUUGCUCUCUGUCCAUGGUACUUUAUAUCUGUUGUUUGAAAUGAGUUAUGUGUUAUUGACAUGUGGAUUUAUUGUGAUUGUGCAAUUGGUUGCAGAAAGAAAGAAAGCCAACACCAAAAAGUUAUUUUUUCCAUCAGAUCUCGCUAGAACUAGAGAUGCCUCUACGAAAUUGUUAAUGGACACUAUUGCAGAUGUCACAGGAGAUGGAAGAAGCUUGAUUUAUAGAUUUUGCUGUUCUGAGUUUUCAUUAGAAAAUUUAUUGUUCUAUGAAAAAGUGACACGUAUUUUAGAACAAAUGAAAGCAAAAAAGUAUGAACAAGAUUCAGCCGCAAUGAAUAAGGCCAUUAGUGAUCUGUAUAACUCAUUUAUUGCCUCAUCUGGAUGUUUAGAAAUUUCUAUUGAUAGUGAAUUGAAAACCAAAAUUAUUCACUUCAUUGAGACUAUUGAUUAUGAAAAAAACGAUGAUGCUUCAUCCAUAUCUUCGGCCGCCAACAAGAGAUAUUUAAUUUUCAAAGGUGGACACGCUUUCAUGCAUUCCAAUCACAAAAAUGCGCUUGCCUUGUGUGAAAUAUUAGAAUCGCUCCGAGAAACAGCUCUCCUCAAUUUACACGAUACAUUCAGUCGCUUAAUCACCACAAAAACGUUUAAAGUAUAUUUCGACAAGAGAGCAACUGAAAUGAAUGUAAUGAAACGAGCUGGAAUUAUCACCACUCAUCAUUCAAGCCACUCCAUUUCACUCAGAAAAGAGUCUAUCGAACUUGUAGAUAUUCAACAAGAUACAACACAAGCACAAACUGUGACUUCUCAUACGACCACACUAACCUCACCAGGUAUCAGUAAUCCACAAGAAACACUUGUGACAUCAGUUUUGAAGCAAGAGGAAAAUCCAGAUGAAAUUUUAUUGACGGAUGAGAAUGUGAUUUACACAGAUGAAGAGAAACAUUCACCACAACAUUCUGAAAGUGAUGAUGACUACUACGAAAAUGAAGAAGAGGAUGAUUAUGAUGAAAGAAAGAGCCAAUCUCAACAAUAA